AUGCUGGACGGGGUCCUCAACGUGAUCGUCAUGAGGGGAAACACUUUCACCACCAUCCACAAGGUGAUAAACAUCAAUGCUUGCCUGGGCAUCGCACCCUUCCAGCCUGAGGAUUACCUAGAAAAUCCUCCACUGCUGCUGAAAUGGCUCCAAGGCUUUGUGGCUGGGCUGCUGCAGAACAUCUCCCCUGCGCAGGCAGACACCAUGUUCCAGGUCCGGACGCUCUUUGUCAGCGGCCUGCCUGUGGAUAUCAAGCCCCGAGAGCUCUACCUGCUCUUCCGGCCGUUCAAGGGCUAUGAAGGCUCACUGAUCAAACUAACCUCCAAGCAGCCAGUUGGUUUCGUUACCUUCGAUAGCCGAGCCGGUGCGGAAGCAGCGAAGAAUGCCUUGAACGGCAUCCGCUUCGACCCGGAGAACCCGCAGACCCUGCGCUUGGAGUUUGCCAAAGCCAACACCAAAAUGGCAAAGAGCAAGCUGAUGGCCACACCGAACCCCACCAACAUCCACCCCGCCCUGGGCGCACACUUCAUCGCACGGGACCCCUAUGACCUGCCUGGAGCAGCUCUUAUCCCGGCGUCUCCAGAGGCCUGGGCCCCCUACCCACUGUACACCACAGAGCUACCCCCCGCCAUCCCCCAUGCUGCGUUCACAUAUCCAGCCGCUGCUGCCGCCGCUGCUGCCCUUCACGCUCAGAUGCGCUGGUAUCCUCCCUCCGAAGCUACCCAGCAAGGAUGGAAGUCCCGUCAGUUUUGUUAGUUCUUCAUGUCGCUUCUUGGCUGGUUCCCUUUGUCUCUCCAUGGAGUGAUGUGCCAGGGAUGAAGCAGUGGAUCCAUCAGAAUCCAUCUGGUUUGUGGACGCUCCGCAGUAACCUCAGACGUCUCCUGGUACGGAGUUGUGGGCUUCCCCCGUUUAGACUGUGACUCUGUUCAUACAACCCAGCUCUGCGGCCUGGGCUCUGCCCGCCCCCCCCCUUCCCUCCCCUCUUCAUAGAUCCCCCAGAUGAGUUUCUCCUUUCUGUGCUGCAGAAGCCUGGAUGGAGAGACUCAUUGCUGGUUACCGCAGGCAGGUUUGUCCCUACCAAGACACUGGUGCCAAAAUGAGACCUACCUGUACAGAGCAAUACCUGUCGGCCGUGCCCUCGACUCUGCCACUCUGCUGAAGGAAACGAAAGACAAUCAGUUUUGCAUGUUUUCUGGCAUGAAUUUAAAACACUUUGUGUAUGUGUGAGUGUAAGUUUGUUCUAGCGUUUGUGUAACCAUAGCAACAGGUCUUGGCCUAACUAUUGAUCCAGCAAGGUUGGUUUUUUCUUUUUUCAUCUUGCUUCUGUGAAAGACUUGGCUUUCAAAACUACUAUCCUUGUUUCACCCCUCCUCAUUUGCCCUGUAGUCUCCGGUCUCACCAGCAGAUUUGAAAAACGUUUUCAAGUACAAUGCACUGGGUUUCAUUUCUUGUCUGUUCUCUCCUCUUGGUUUUUAAAGUCAGGGUUAUGUUUUUCCCCCCUUCACUUAGAUAUUUUACAGCUGUUCUAUAUCUAACUUUUUCCUGCGUCCUUCCGAUUGGAGAGAUUCCAGUGUUGCCAAAUCAGCUAUCCUUAUGGGAAUUCAGAACAAAAAAGUACGAGUAUUUUUGUACCAUGUGUAAUAAGGAAAUAUUUAUGCAUCAUAAAGAACUUGUGUUUUGUGUGCAAUUUAUUAAAGAGAAACUGUAAUCCUGUAAUAAGUUAAUGUUUAGUUAAAAGCUUGAAAGAAAAGUUUUUUCUGUAAACAUGAUUCCGUCAGGCGUAGUAAACAAACUGUGCAAUUUUUGUUUUUAUUUUAGCAUCUUAUUGCUUGGUAUUGAAGUGCUUAAGUAUUCUAUACGACCAUGGCUGUUUUGCUUGUAUUAAGACUUCUGAGAAUAAGUUGCUAUAGAAUUGCUGAUCCUAUGAGAAUGUGAAACUGGAUAAUAUAUGAAAUGCAAAAAAAUAUACCCAGAGGCUGCUGUGACUCCC